CAAUUUUUUCGCCCCUAAUAUGUUACACUAUGUUUUUUAAAGAGAGAAAUGGAGGGGAAGGGAAAGUGAGGAAGGAAAGUCGGAUUCUCAAUGAAUUUUCCAUUGUUUUUUAAGGAAGGAAAGUAUGGAAGGAGGGAAAACUUUCCACCUUUUGUACUAUUGAACCCUUCCCUCCAAUUUGAAGAGAAAGGAGUGGGACACAUAUGUGGUUCUUUCUAUUUUAAUAUUUUUAAUAAUUAAGUCUAUUAAAUACUUAUUUUUAAAUGCUUAUAUUUUAUGAACUUCCAUCUCUCUCUCCCACACAAAAUAACAUUGAUUAUUAUUUCAAUUACUAUCGUAGCAUAUUGUCCGUCAUAUUAUAAAAAUCGUCUAUCAUCAUCCAAGUAGAUAUGGUAUAUUUGAUGGUCAUAUGUUCAUGGUAAUAAAAUAUACCAUAAUUGUAGAAGAUAAAAAACGACUCAAAUAGGUCGGACCCCAAUCAGACCAAUAAACUUCAAACUAUUUAUUUGAUCGAUUCUAUGACUUAAACCGGUUUGACAAUCUUGUUAUUCAUAAGUAAUGAAACUAACAUUAACACAUAAUUAAACUAUUUUACAAUUUCAUAACCAAUAAAAUAACAUAUCUAUCACACUUCCCAAUAUACUUUUCCCUCUCACUUUUCCUCAUACUUUCCUUCGUAAAACAACAUUUUCUCUCCACUCCAAAUUUUCUCUCACCUCCUUUUCCUUUCCAUUUUCUUUUCCCUCCAUUUUCCUCCCUUCCUUUGUGAACAGAGUGAUUAUCUCUUUUUGUUGUUAUAUUUGCAUUUCAUAAUUGAUUUUCAUAAUAUGUGUUUCACCAGGCUUUGCAAAGACUAAAAGACGAAAGGGAUGCUGUUGUAAGUAAGACACAACAGCUGCAACAAGAACUAGUGAGUUCCCAUUUGUCAUUUGCAACUUACUUAAUGAGAUUGAGAAAUGCACAUCUAGGUUACAUAGUACUUUUUGAGAUAUUUGUAUGUGUUGAGUAGAAGGAUCGUUCAUUUUAAUAUCACCUUUUUAAUAAGAGAUUCAAUAGCAUUUAUGCGAUACUCAAUGUUGUCUUAGAUAUCAUAAAUGUGGAAAUCGAAAGAAGAUGUGUAUUCUAAAAAAAUAAUUGUUCAAUUGUUUGUUUUAGGAUUUAUUGAAGCGUCGAAAAUAUCGAGAAAAAGGCCCAGGAUUCUCUAUCACAUUUGCAUUGGUCGCUGGGCUUAUCGGCAUCAUCCUUGGCGUAUUGAUCAAACUUUGGCUUUCUUCUCCAUCGGCCAUAGAAAAUAAAGAAGUUUUGACAGAGAUUUUGACGCCACCGCCAGAAUUAUAAGUAUUUUCUUUCAGUUCCCCAUAACCUUACAUUCAAUUUGUUAGCCCUACAUUCGAUUUUGUUUUAUAUGUUUGAAAGAAGAAAGAUGAUGGACAGACCCUUCUACUUCGUUUUCGAUUCCAUUUUUUGUAUUUUUAUUUGUAUAUCAAUGGUCGUAAAGACCUAAAAAAAGUAUAUGAUCUUUUUUAUUGUUGGUAAAACAUUACCAAUAUUUAGCAUAGUAACUCUUACAAUUAUUGCUUCCCAUAUUCAUUGGAGAAACACAAUAGUGCAGAAUUAUCAUAAUUGUUUAGAUCAUUUGCAAGAUUAAGGACUCAUCUGGCUCUUACGCAAACUUCAAGAACUUCUAGAGCUAAAACAUGGAGUUUUAGGACUGAAAUAGGCAUUUUCGCCACAAGUGAAAAAUGAUGGGGAUUGCUAUUCGUCGCCCUAAAAAUCGUUAUUCGUCGCCCUAAUUAUAUUAAAUUUACUUUAAUGCCCUUAGUUUAUUUUUGUUUUUCAAACACUUAAACUCUAAAACAAACUAAAAACAAACUAGUCGCCGCCGGCCGGAGCUGGCCACCUCAUCGAAGGCCUAACCAUCGUUAUUAUCACCAUAGGAAGAAGAAGAGCAGAAGGUAAUCACAUAUUACUUUAUUAAAUAAAUUACACAAUUUAUUUAAUUAUAAUUACAUUAAUAAUCAAUAUUAAUUAAAAAAUAAUACAUACGAGUGCUCAAACGCGCCUAGACACGUCGCCGGCGGGAUGAGGACAACAACCAUGAAAAAGCAGCCUUCCUUCUUCUUCGCCCUCCUUCCUCCUGGUCGCCAGCAACCAUGAAAAGCAGCGGUGGCGGGGAGCAAUUCUUGCGGUAGCAACUGUAAUGGGGAGCGACUCCUGGCAGCAGCAGCGGCUGCGGGGAGCGAAUCCGGCAGCAGGUCAACGCUACAGGAACAGUUCUUUGGGCGGCGGUUUUUCUCUGGUUUGGGAUGGGGGACGGAUUGUUUGCUAGGGUUUAGUUAGGCUUUGAAGUUAGGGAUAUAUGUGUCAAUUCAGUGUGGUUUAGGACGAUUUUUUUGAAUUUUAGGGCGAUGAUUAGCAAUUUGGUAUUGGCGGGAAACUAGCACGCUCCAAGUCUAAAAAAGAAACAGGCAAAAUCUCCUAAAACCCGCGCCCUUCCCAAAUCGCUAUCCCGCUCCUCUCUCCCCCUCGAUCUCCAUCUGCAAACUUGGAGAGAAACCAGUGGAUCUCCUGCUCCGCCGCCGUUAAGGUGCCAUUUCUCUCCGCCAAACUCGCUAUGCGAACUCACUCACCCGCCGCCGGACACCAACUCGCCCUACGCGACUCGCUCUCCGUCGUCACCAGCACCGCCGCCGCGGGCUCUGAUUCUCAGAAGGCAUGGUAUCUUCUAUAUCUCGUCAUAUCCAUCGGCCGGCCGGCGACGAUUCUCGAGCUAGUCUCCCGCUGCGUUCCGUUCAGAGCGACGCCCGAUCUCGUCCGCAGUCUUUGCUCGCUCCUGAGCUCCCCAAUCGCGUUAACCUGCAGCGGCAGAAAUGGCGCCUGCGUUACUGCUUCUAUGCUCGGUUGGGAGACGAUUAGAAAGUUAGUGUCCAAUUCCGAAUCGAUUCACCGGUUUCUGAUAUGGAUUGGCCAGGGAUUGGGCCUCGAUUUAGCCGGAGGAGCGCCGCCGCUUCAAGUUUCAGUGAGGAUGUACUUUAAUAAAAGGAAACGAAUCGGAUUCGUCCGUCAAGAAGAAGUGGAGAAUGAAGAUCCAAAUGUUUCUCGUCCUCUCAAAAGAACUCGUACUGCUGCAUUAGAGGUUCCUUUCUCUAUUGUUGAGAAAGGCCUUUGGGAUGCAGGAUCUUUGUCGAAACUAAUGGAAAUUAGGUUAAAUAAUUUGGCCCUUCUUCCAGAAUGCUUCCCAGAAACCAUAGUAAGUAGAUUAGGUUUUAGACAGAUAGAAGAUGAGCAUGAUUCAACUGCAAUAUUAGAGGGGGAUGAGCAGAAAACAGUCUCUAAUGCUGAUGUUUCCGAGGAGCUUGGUGAUCAAGAAGUGAAAAGUGAUGAUCUUAUGGAAGUCAUGCUGAGCAAUAUGGCUUUGAUUCCGGAAUGGUCUCCGGAAAUUGUUCUCAGUAAAUUAGAUUUUAGACCGGAUGAUGUGAAGCAGAUAGAAGAUGAGUGUGUUUCGAAUGCAAUAUUGGAAGUGGAGCACAAACCGGUCAGUUCUGAUGGGCUUGUGGACACCAUGCUAAAUGAUAGGGUUCUCAUUCCAGAAUGCUUGCUCAAAACGGUUGACAGCAGUUUAGAUUCUAGACCUAAGGAUGUCAAUCAGAUAGAAGAUGAUCCUAUUCCAACUGCAAUAGCCGAAAGGAAGGAGCAUAAAACAGUUGAUUCUGCUGAGAUAGUUGAUAAUCAUGAAGCAGACCUUUGUGGUAUGCCAACUGAAAAUGGCUGUGAAGAAAAGAAGAUGGAGCCAUCUUCAAACAAAGAACUAGCUACCAUUGUUGGUGGCAUUCAAACAGAAGUUGGACCAAGCAAUGCAACACUAAAACCUGUCAUUCAUGGCAUGCCAAUUGAAGAUGGCUGUGAGGAAAAGAAGAAGUCCUCUGCCAAGACAAGGUUUGCAAAGGGAAAUGGAAUGUCUCCAAGACAUCAAGCUCUCUGCAAGUCCAUUGAUAGAAACAAACCCAAGAGCCCUGUCAAAAGGCAGCAGGGAAAUGACCACCACAUAAGAGAUUCCAUGCCCCAAAGUUCAAAGCGGAAACAUUAUGUGCAAGCAAAAGAAGGAAGGAAGGAUGCUGCUGCUGUCACUUCCAAUAAUCAAGUCGAACCGAAAGGCCUACCUACCUUUGAAUCCUACAUUGUUGAUGCGGAGGAAGGUUCAGGUGGCUAUGGCACUGUAUAUAGGGCAAGGAGGAAAGACGAUGGAGGGACGGUGGCCAUUAAAUUCCCUCAUGUAAAUGCACAUAAACAGCAUGUUACUAAUGAGCAAAGGAUGCUAGAGAGGUUUGGGGGUAGAAACUAUAUCAUAAGAUAUGAAGGCCAUUUCAAGAGCGAAAAUUCUUUGUGUUUUGUUCUGGAGCACGUUGAGCAUGAUAAACCUGAGGUAUUGAAGAAGGAAAUAGAUACAGUUCAGAUAAGGUGGUACGCCUAUUGCCUUUUCAGAUCACUUUCCAGUCUUCAUAAGCAGGGGAUUGUCCAUAGAGAUGUCAAACCUGGCAACUUCCUUUUCUCUCGCAAAGCUAAUAAGGGUUAUCUCAUUGAUUUCAACCUUGCCUUGGAUCUGCACCAGAAGUAUGGAGCGACUAACAAAUUCAGAACUGGGACUGACAAAACCUUCAGUGACGCAAUGCUAAACAAGUCCAGACCUUUUCAACCUGUCAAAGCUGGUAGGACUCAGAACCCGAAGUCUUUGGAUGUAGUCAGUCAUGAAGAAGCUAAAGGCUCAAAGAACUGGAAAAGGAAGGAUGGUAACGCUUUGAAAGCUCAGAAUGACACGCGUGGAUGGAAUCUCACACAAAGUCAAGGAGCAGAAGCCUCAGGAGUAACCUCCCUAAAAGACUUGACCUGUAAUAUGGCUCCUUCAGCCGAAAGGCUAAGAGAGCCUUUACCAAGCCAUGGCAGGAAGGCGCUCCUGAGUUUGUUGCAGGAAACAAUGAACUCCCCGAAUCACGAAGCAUCCAGCACUCCAUCUUCUAUGAGGAAGAGGGUUGCAGCUCCUCCUUCUAAGGUCGAUGGAAGACUUAUUUAUGUCUCUCCAAUGCCUUUGCAGCCUUAUGGGAUGACUGCCACACUUCAUGGCUUGACCAAGAGCAAAGAUGGGAAGUUGAAGAAAGAAGGCCCUUGUAUGGGAACAAAAGGCUUCCGUGCUCCAGAGGUGUUGUUGAGAUCACAGUAUCAAGGUCCCAAGGUUGAUUCUUGGUCAGCGGGGGUAACCUUACUGUAUCUAAUGAUAGGAAGAACACCUUUCUGUGGUGAACCUGAGCAGAACAUAAAAGAGAUAGCAAAGUUGAGGGGCAGUGAAGAUCUCUGGGAAGUUGCUAAGUUACAUGACCGUGAAUCCUCAUUUCCACCGGAACUGUACAACAAUCAAUCCCUGCAGUCCCUACCACUUCGGGAAUGGUGCAAGAUCAAUACAAAACGACGUGGCUUCCUUGAUCAGGUGCCUACUUCUCUAAUCGACCUCGUCGACAAGUGCUUAACUGUAAACCCAAGGUCCAGAAUCAGUUGUGAUGACGCUUUGAAGCAUGAGUUUUUCGCUCCAUUGCACGAGAUGAUUAAGAAGCACAAGCUGGCUCGCCAGGGUGGUUCGACCCUUGUGGCUGACUCAGGCACCAUCAGGGUUCCUUUGAAUCAAUGAAACUCGGGUAAGCCCUCAGCCAGUCUUGUUUGAUCAGCAAGCUGCUGCACGACCGUAGAUUCUCAACCUGUCGGGUUAUUGUUAGGUUAGCUGGCUCCCUAACCCAUAUCACCAUGAAGCUUCUAAUUGACUGAAAUAUAUUGUAAAGUGCCUUCACUUACAUGUAAGCCUUCUUAGAGUCGGAACUUUUAAUCUGAUCUUUGUCAGGAAAAGUGACGAAGCUUCAUAUGUAGCAUUGUGGUUGUAAUUGUAGUUGUAAACUCCAUCUUUCAUCUCUUUAGAUUUUGCUAAUUCGAUCUGAAUUUGACUCGUCAGGGGUGACGACCUUUAACUACUUGAUCCAUCUUGAUCAACGGUCUGAUAUAACUUGGUAACAAUUUUCAUUACUGAAAUUUGUCUCAGACAGCUUGUUUACAAAAUAAGGUUUUGAUAAUAAAUAUAGGAUCAAAGAUGAUGGAAGGAGUAAGUUCAUCCUACACAAAACAUGGCUUUAGCUCUCCCCUGCAAUCUUACUUUGCUCCCACCCGCUACCUAAUCCAGGUUAUGCGACUGAAAAACCUAAUGUUGCUAAAAACACUGCUCCAUGUUGGAGAGCUGUGGUCCACAAGAUUCAAACACAACAGCUGUUUGCUAACUAUCUAGUAGGGAUGCUUUAUUUUGCUCUCUUUUGGUCCGAAACACGGGCUCCAGCAAUCUUCACAACUGGCUGUUCUUCCUGCAUUAUGGGCUUCAAUGCUGGAUGAACUUUGAGAUCACCCACCAGUAAUUUUUCGCCAACAUCCAAUUCGCUCAGGUCUACUUCGAUAUAUGGUGGGAUAAUAUCUGGUGGGCAGAGGAACUUCACCGUCCUCUUAAUCACAUUCAGGUAUGAACCUGUUUCAGAGUGUUCCAGAAAACAAUGCACAUCAGCAAAGAAAUAACACGCACGGAAGAAGAAAGAAAAAAUUCAACCAAAGCAGUGCCGAUUCCAACUUCUAGUUAUGCCAAGUAUAUUUAACCAUGAAGUAUGUAGCGAUAGAAAACUGAUACAAGCUAAAAGCUGAGCACAGCAAUACACAUCUCGUCGUUCAAAAAUGCAUGGAGCAACUACAUAUUCCCAGUGCAUGAUAUCCCUUUGAUUUUGAUGCAUGGAACGAAUGGGGGAAAGAAAAUCUGUGGUUGAAAGUCCUCUUAACCCUCCGAUAAUUUUUUUUUAAAACUCAGACUUCGACUGUGUAUAUAUGUAAUGGCACUCAAUACUCUGACUUCUGUGUUCUACCAAGAUCAUCCAAAUUGGACAUAACAAAAACCUCACUUUCAAAAAAUUACCAUAAACUCUUUGGAUGUCAAAUAGCAAAGAGGCAACGGAACACUUAUCAGUUCUCAAAUCAGAAUCCAGGUAUUGUUAAGUCAGCUAUAUAAGGAUCCGUGAAGGUCAAAGCUUGAAAUCAAUUAUAUAUUGAAUGGAGUAGAUGAUUUCUUCACAAAUGAGAGGAGCUUGCAACAAUAGAUAAGGUUCAGAGCAAAAGUACGAUGCAAACAAAGCACAGUCUAAAAAGAUCUCCAAACAAUCACAGUCAUCCACAGCUUGACUCCAAAUCGAACACUCUCAUAUAACAUAACUUCUCUCAAGUCUCAAUAGAUACACAAGCGAACUACACUAUACAUAAAAUUGAAGAAACUAAACUACAAAAUUUACUAUUCUAAAACUCAUUGACCGUGAAAGUAAAAGCUAAUGCAGAAAACUGGUUCCAUUCAUGGAUGACUUGGUAUAAUUGAAAACAUCCUAUAUCAAAUCAAUCUCAAAAUCAAACAGGUGACCAUUCAUUCAACACACUUAAAAAAAUGCAAAGGCAAAAGUGGGCAAGUAGAGAUUUAAAACAAAUCUAAUGCGAAAUU